UGAAUGAUUCGCUGCGCACCACAGCCACAAACAGAAACAGCAGAAACAACAGCAACAGCAGCCGUAAUGACACCAGAAAACAAUUGAAAUAAUUCUAGCAGAAAUUUUUGUUAGCUCACCGCACCAGGGCAGGCAACUGCCCAUUUUUUUUGUGUCGCUCAGUUUCCAUUUUAGCUUCAACGAAACAAAAAGUUCCGGGAGGGUCAGCAAAUAUUUUCACGAAAAUAUUUAUUCCCAAAAAAUAAACGACACAUAGUGGCGAGUAAUAAUUAAUACAUGCGCUUAAAUGCGCCAUAAACUAUGCAAAAACUAUGUGCUAAAAGUGAGAGCUAAAAAAAGUGACUGUUGCAAUUCGCAAUUAUGUGGAAAGCUUUAAGGAUUCAUCGGUUGUGGCUCCUGCUAAUCCUGUUGCACAUAUUCUCCUCGUGUUUCGGCCAGCAGACGCACAUCAAACUGGAGCAGGGAGAUUUAAUUGGUCUCAAGAUUUUUCCGGAUGGAACACGUGGCGCUGUGUAUGCCUUCCUGGGCAUUCCAUAUGCUCAGGCUCCUCUCGAUGAGCUUAGGUUUGCGCCCGCCAAGCCAAGUUCUAGUUGGAAUAGGACUCUUCAGGCCACCACAAUGCAACCCAUUUGCCCACAACUUUCAAAUACUAUUUACAACGAGAGUCCUGAUGGCAGGAUACCAAGGUCGGUGAAAACAGACGAGGACUGCCUGUACCUAAAUAUUUGGACCCCAGAGUCGGGCUUGCGGUAUGGAAAGCUGCCCAUUGUGGUCAUUGUGACUGGCGAGGAGUUCGCCUUCGACUGGCCCGUGAACCGCAUCAGCGGCUUGGAUUUGGCCGGUGAAGGCAUCAUGGUGGUCAGUGUCCAGUACCGGAACAACAUCUAUGGCUGGCUGGGAUUGGGCGAGCAGCAUCGUCAUCUAACUGGCAACUAUGGCUUGAGUGAUGUUCAGAUGGCAUUGAGAUGGGUUCAGAGGAAUGCCAAUGCCUUUGGCGGCAACCCGGAUCAGAUGACACUUCUGGGACACGGAAGUGCUGGAGCUCCCUUGGCACUAGUAACGACCUUAGAGGAGCCGGGAUUAGUGAGGCAACUAGUCCUCAUGUCACCUGGUCCCAUACUACGAGCCCUGGGUGAGAACCACGAUAAACGGAUUAUGGAAACUGGACAGGUUUUAGUCCAAAAACUGGGGUGUCAGUUCGAGGAGGCCCAGCGCCGCCAGUUGAUUGGCUGCCUGAGGAGGAAGAGUCGCGAGGAUCUGCUCCGCGCCUAUGAAAGUGUCUACAACCACGGCAAUGGAAGUCACCAGCUGGGAGUGAUAGUUCCAGGUGGCCUUACUCUGGAGCAGCGUCUGCGAAACGAAACACUGCCAUCGAUGCUGCUUGGCAUCACCUCCAACGAGGGAGCCUUUCUGCAGGACUACUGGCUAGAUGUUGCCCGGGAGGGUCAGGUGGCUCUGCAAGAGUACGUCAACCACACAUUACUACCGAAUGUUAUGAGAGUACUGGAAUCUGUGGGAGAGGAGAGCUCCUCCCAACAGGCUGCCAUUCGAUGGAGGUACUUCAAUGGAAAAGGCGAGGGCGUCAUCCAUUUGCUGAGUGGAAUGCAGCGACUGAUCUCGGAGUCGCUCUACGAACUGCCCUUCUUCCGUUUGCUGGACUUCCUGAAUGGAACCACCAGCUAUGCCUACGUAUUCGACCAAUCCCACUCGAUGGACAUGAGGGGCAGGAGAAAUCUAUUUGGUGGGGCUUCCCACAGCUCCGAUCUUCCACUGCUCCUGGGUCCUAGCUUAUUCCAGCAAAUAGCUCGCCGAAGGUUCAGCGGCGAGGAGGAGCAGCUGUGCCGGAAACUGAGAGGAGCCUUUGCGAACUUUAUCAAGAGCGGCAACCCCACGCCCGGCAGGAUCUACGAUGGCUGGUUGCCCUACAAAAAGGAUAUUCCCUUCGUAUACAGUCUAGGCGAGCAGCCUGCCAAGUCCGCCCAAGCAGGAUCUGUAGAUGAGGCCGAAGUCGAGAAGCUCCUUCGCGGAGAUUCAGGAGGUACCGGACUGGAUCGCAGCUUAUCCCGAAGUAAUCGCCAUGACACGUACCGGGCAACCCAAUCCAAUUCCUAUAUAGCCACCAACCAGCAGGACUCCGGUUACUCCAAUCACUUGCAGAAAGUCUAUGGCUUCUGGCAGGUGUUGCUCCCGUUGGAGAGGGAGGAGGAACUCCGUGGAGGAGGUGCCCUGGGCCAGCGGGUGAGACUUCUUGAGGCGAGUGCCGAUGCAGCUCGUUACCGUCAAGGAUUCUAUGCCAUGCUGGGGCUUGUUUGUCUCCUCCUGGUGUGCUUGUGUCUUUGCGUCUAUCUACUUCGCCGAGAUCCGGAUCCGAUGCGAAGACGCAGUGAAUCCUCGGCGUCGGAUUGCUAUAGCUUAUGACAUAAGUGGUUUCGUUGGACGACCAUCUUUGGGGGCCGGACUGAGAACGCGGGGCCGUCGACCGCGGGCAUUGCCAAUGUCGAGUCCUGGCGCAAAGGUGGUCGUGCAACGAAACGGGAACGGGAUGGCGGAGGAGGAGACACAGAUAGAGUCAGUAAUCUCGAGCGGCGGGAACAGGUCCUUAAUAAUCAGCGUGCCCG